AGGCACAGUACAAAAAUCAUAAAGCAGGAUUUUGGCAGAGAGCAGAAUGCAUUUUAAGGCUCUAAUCAAGUCGACUGCUACCAUGUUUGCUCAUGCACAUUAGAACCACUCAUAUGCUACAGUAUUGUGUGGCCAGUGAUUGGUGGUUGGCAGGCAAUGAAGUGGAGUUCCUGUCAUGAUAUUAAGACAUACUGUGCUUUUAUCAGGUGUUAUGGAUGCAUAAAUGCUAAAAAUGUGCUAUUUAAUCCAGUUGGUAGGUGAAUGCUAGGCAACAAAAUGACAUCAUAACGUCUGAUGAUAGAUAAGAACCCCCCAGACCUGCCAAGUUUGGUUGCUCAACUCCUGAUAGCACAGAAGGAGUUUGCAUAGAGUUGUAGAGCAUUAUUAAAUACUAUUUUUUGCAUUUAAAUUACCACAUAGACUUGUAUUGGACAGAUUUUAAACAGAAUAGAUGAAAGCAGAUGAUAUAUUAUGGAAUUACAAUGAAAAACAAAUGUGUGGUAGAGGCUGAAUUGUCAGAAGUGGUUUUCCCAGCAUGGUGAGGAGAUGAAACGAAACUCUCUGCAAACCACUGCACAGGUAAUAGUUUACCUUAUUUAUUUAUCUCAUAAAUGUAACGCCACAGGUAUACGGUUAUGUAACACGUACAGGGGAUGAUGCUGAUGCAAAUGUUUUCGCCUGGAUUUUUUAUUAAAGCUGACUAUUAGCAGAGAGGUGCUGAAAUACAAUCCUACACAUAAUACUGCACAUUAUGCAUCUUCUCCCGUUAACAAGCCCUUAAUUCAAUGAAUUUAAACACCUUAAAGAGGAAAAGUUUAGGAUGUGACUACUUUGAAGACAAUGUGAUCCCUAAAGAAAUAAUUCACAGAGAGAUUGAUUUUGUGCUCAGUAAACAAAUUCGCAUAUUGGCGCCAAUUGUUUGGGCAGCUUCCCUCUCUGCUUCCCUGUCCACUAAUUUGAGGAAGUGUAGUUGCAUAGGAUAGGUGCUGCACUCCAUCAGCCCCCAGUCCUCGCACUGGCCCCUCUAGUGCUGUGUAGGAUUGCUGUCUGUACUCAGGUAAGCUGAGUGGUAAUUAACAAAAAGGAUUUUAGGAAUAGGCACAAUACAAAAAUCAUAAAGCAGGAUUUUGGCAAAGAGCAGAAUGCAUUUUAAGGCUCUAAUCACAUCAACUGCUACCAUGUUUGCUCAUGCACAUUAGAACUACUCAUAUGCUACAGUAUUGUAUGGCCAGUGAUUGGUGGUUGGCAGGCAAUGAAAUGGAGUUCCUGUCAUGAUAUUAAGACAUACUGUGCUUUUAUCAGGUGUUAUGGAUGCAUAAAUGCUAAAAAUGUGCUAUUUAAUCCAGUUGGUAGGUGAAUGCUAGGCAACAAAAUGACAUCAUAACGUCUGAUGAUAGAUAAGAACCCCCCCAGACCUGCCAAGUUUGGUUGCUCAACUCCUGAUAGCAUAGAAGGAGUUUGCAUAGAGUUGUAGAGCAUUAUUAAAUACUAUUUUUUGCAUUUAAAUUACCACAUAGACUUGUAUUGGACAGAUUUUAAACAGAUUAGAUGAAAGCAGAUGAUAUAUUAUGGAAUUACGAUGAGAGACAAAUGUGUGGUAGAGGCUGAAUUAUCAGAAGUGGUUUUCCCAGCAUGGUGAGGAGAUGAAACGAAACUCUCUGCAAACCGCUGCACAGUCUCAGGCUCAGAGGGUCCCAAGUGACAUCUUGCUAAAACCUCUCCUCCACAAUGCGGCUACCCUUUUUUAUUUUACUGUGCCUCCCGCCUGUGCUCUCUUCUGUAAUUCCAAAAGAUUGCAAGAAAACACAGUACAAGUGGCCACAUAAUUCAUAUGAGCUUUGUUGUGAAAAGUGCCCGGCAGGUGAGUUUGUGGCCAAACGCUCACCGACCACCUGUUAUCGUACAUGUGAACCCUGUGGACCUGGGAAAUACACAACCAGCUACAACGCGGCGAUGACCUGUGAUUUUUGUGACAGCUGCAACAAACCAAACAUGGAGGUGAAAACAGAAUGCAACGCGACUCAUAACACCGUGUGCACAUGUAAGGCUGGCUACAAAUGCGGAGACCAAGACUGUAAAGAGUGUGUAGCGAUACCAGGCACAAUCAUACCCACCGUCCCUCCAUCUACUACUGUGGCAAGACCUGAAGUUACCACCACCCAGCGAGCCCCUAAAGCAAUUGCAGAUACGGCGUGGUUCCUGGUGAUAAUUGCCCUCCUGUGUACAGGAAUUGCACUGGUUGUUGUGACAAAAAUCAAGCCGUUUUUAGUCUGGAUUAGGUUCACUCAUGGGUACUUCUUGGCUGAAAAACCUGCAACACAACCUCAAUGCGAUGAAGAAGUGUCCAAGCCCGUCCAGGAAGUGUGCGGGAAAUGUGACCAACCUAUGUGUUAAAGACCAGAUCUGGAAUUUGGGGGAGCGAGAACCUGACAAGACACUCAGUGGCACAUCCCGGAUGGAAACAUUUGUCACUGCUUUUGGACGUUUAAAUGGAGCUAAACGGCACUCCGCGCCGUGCUGAUCAGUGAAAUGCCAGAAGGAGCAAAGUUUGAGACUGUUGCUGUUUCCUGAGAGGACAGAUGAUCAUUUUGGCAUCUGUGACUUUGAAGUGUAUAAAAUUGUGGUGGGUAAAAAUCUUGGAACUGAUAAGACAAAGGGAACAUUGUGGCAGUGAAGGUGAAGUAUGUACUAUAGUACAUAAGGUUAAACAUAUUUCAUGUAUAUCUACAUAUAUGUGCAGACAUAGUUUGCUGCUUUUGUGGCCAGCUUUUCAAUAUCACAUGUGCAUGUUCUGUGUAUAUUUUUUCUUCUAUUUCUUUUUCAUUUAAAAUAAACUUAAUUUGACUAAAACUA